UGAUGAGUACGAUAGUGUGUCAGUUCUGAUCAGGGGCUGUGAGAUCACCUGAGGAGCGCUGCCCGUGGGACCCGCCGCGCCGCCCUCCCCAUGCUGCCGCCGCCAUGAUCCUGCUGGAAAUAAACAACAGGAUCCUCGAGGAAACGCUCACCGUCAAGAUCAAGAACAGUUUAAGUGGGAACAAGCCCGAGUCCGUCGAUGUCACUAUAGCAGACUUUGCCAGCGUCCUCUACCAUGUGUCAAACCUCAACGGUGACAAGACAAAAAUCAGGGUGAGUAUAUCCCUCAAGUUCUACAAGGAGCUGCAGGAACAUGGGGCGGACGAUCUCAUUCAGUCGGAGUACGGGAGCCUCCUGAUGUCCGAGCCGGAGUCCGGGUACAACAUCUCCCUCCUGGUGGACCUCGAUAACAUACCCGAGGACUGGCAAACGUUAGUCAAAAAGGUCGGGUUGAUAAAGAGGAACUGCUUCGCGUCUGUCUUCCAGAAGUAUUUUGAGUUCCAGGAGCAGGGCUUGGAAGGGCAGAAGAAGGCCAUCAUUAACUACAGAGAUGAUGAGACAAUGUACGUCGAGGCGAAGGCGGACAGGGUGACGGUCGUCUUCAGUACAAUCUUCAAGGACCCCGACGACGUCAUCAUCGGGAAGGUCUUCAUGCAGGAGUUUAAGGAGGGCAAGAGAGGUAGUCAGACAGCUCCCCAUGUGCUCUUCUCACACAAGGAGCCGCCCCUAGAACUACAAGACACUGAAGCUAGACAAGGAGAAAAUAUUGGUUAUGUUACGUUUGUCUUAUUUCCUAGACACACUUGUAAGGCGGCCAGGGACAACACCAUAAACCUCAUCCACAUAUUCCGGGACUACCUGCAUUACCACAUUAAGUGCUCCAAGGCCUACAUCCACACACGAAUGCGAGCCAAGACCAGCGACUUCCUCAAGGUCCUGAACAGAGCGCGUCCAGAGCCAAACAAGUCUUCAUCGGAAAAGAAGACAGCCUCGUUAAUGUCAGGACUUCCCUGGUUCAUAGCAAAAGGGGUCGGUCCUUCGUGCGUUCCAACUGAUAGUGACUAUUAGUUCAUGUUGAACUGGAUGAACAUGAUUAACAUCAACAUCUUGCUGUGAUUGGCUGCCAGGAGAGUCCAGGGCACACUUUGUUGAGCUCCAUACUAGUGUUAGGACUCAUCUUAUACUAUCAUCUUUUUUUUAUGAUUGAGUUUCAUUCAGCAAAUCUUUUUAUAGUGAAGGACUUCUGGAUACUGGUGCUGGACUCAAGUAGUACGCCGCAGCAGCAAGCCUCUGGUGUGGUGCAUACUUGUGGCAUUGUUGUAUUGCACAAAGUGAUAACUGAUCCCCAGAAUUGCAUUAGCUGCUUUUCUAUCUGCCAUGCAACAUUCAU